AAGAAAACGAGAAAUGCUGGAUCCAAUGCGCAAAACUUCGGACGUGCGCGACGCGUUUUGACGCUGCUCCUAACAAAAUCGCAUUCAACUUGAUCAGAAAUCCAAAUUUGCUUUAACCAUAAAAAACGGCCCUCGUCUACACUAAUACUAAUCCGAUUGCCGUCGCGAGCCAGAUCGGAAAAACGAAGCACCUCCCGUGCAAGUGCCAACGAGCAUGGCCGCUAACUCCUCCGACAACAGGACCAAUUACACCAAUCAUUCCUUAGUUCCUGAGAUCGGCCCGGAUGGCCUCGCUCGGGAUUCUCCUGUCAUCGCCUAUACCGAAAAGUUAAUCGAGCAAGAGCAGCUUCAACUAAGGAAAUACAUUGAGGAAAAUUAUUCAAAAAUUCGUGAUGUUGAAAAGGAGCUCACCAAUCUUACACUAGAAAUGAAGCUCACUGCAGGACCUAAGAAGGCAGCUCUCGAACACAUGAGAAAAAAGAUAGAAGCGUCUACUGAACGACUCAGGCUUGCAAAGCUUAAUGAGCAACAAACAAAAAAGGCAUGGGAAACAGCAUCACAGGCUGUAAAGGAUGAGGAAGCAUUGAAACAAAAAUUAUGCGAAGACUUGAAUAAUCUGGUUCAAGAAAGUAACAAUGCUCAGUAUGGUAGACUGGAGGAGUUGAAAAGGCGUCUAGGAGCUCUGAACCCAAGCCGAUCAUCCACCUCUGUCACUCAUGAUACGAAUUCAACUGGGUCUCAGCAGAAUAGCCAAGCUCAGCAUGCUUCUUCCAUGUCAUCAUCAUCACCAUCUGGUGGUGGGGGUCCAGAGAAAGACAACCAAGGUAAUAGUGGAAAUGCUGCAAUCAUUAAUGGCCAAAACCAAGAGUCUCCUCCUAUGGAAAGUGAAGGAAAAAUGAAAAAGAAGCCUGUGAUGCAAGGAAGAGGGAGAGGGAUUGGAGGUAUUAAGGGUAGUAGGCCUCCGGCUGGAACAGGCUGGACCGGAGCUGGAUUUGAUUAGUAGAAAUAUAGAUAGAGUUAAUCUGUGCUAAGAGAAGACUUAAAAUGUUGAUUAGGCCAAAAUUGGUGUUUAGUCCAUUUCAUGACUUUUUAUUCAGAUUUUAC